AUGACCACAUCCCUAGGCCUCUCAUUACCUGCCUCGGGUCACAAGAAACGGAAGCAGCGUGCAUCCGACGCAGACCACGAUGUACCCAGGAAGAAGAAGAAAGAGAAAUUGAAACAGGACACGGGGAAGCUCCCCACCGAACCUUCGACAAGUGAAUUCCGGGUGACAAAGGCAACCAUAACACUCUCUGUACCUCCUGUAUUCGCCAGUAAUCUACGCACGGGAGUGGAGGAAAUGUUAGAUAGCAUGAUUAUGCGAUAUAUCCCGUCCUUGUGUGGUGUUCUCUUGGCUCAUUCAAAUUUACAUUUCCUAAGUCCAACGGCGAGCAUAAAUGCCGAUUGUCCUUUCGCGAUCUGUAACGUUACUUUCGAUGCUACGGUCUGGAGCCCAAGUAUAGCCAUGAAACUUAUUGGCAAAAUUAUUAUGUACUCUCCCGAUCAUGUCUCGCUUCUCCUCCACCGUACCUUUAACGUUUCCAUACCACGACAUCACAUUCCGCAAGAUGUUUGGGAAUUCGAAUAUGGUCCUGCAGAAAAUGAUCCCGAGUAUGGAGAAGGUGCUGUAGGGUCACCUGUCGAUAGAGAAGGGGAUGCAGGAAUGAAGGAUAGUGAUGCUGAGAAGAUGGAUGCUGAGAAGACGGAAGACGAAGCGGUACCGGAAGCGAGCGGACAGUGGGUACACCGUUUGACGGGGACGAAGCUUGGCGGCACAGAUGGGUAUCUAGAGUUUACAGUCAUUGGAAAAACUGUGGCGAACGAAAUGCUCUCCCUUCAGGGAUCGAUACAGUCUGAUCCCUUUUCUGAAGAACACUCUACUACACAAUCAGGGAAGAGCUCCCGCAAAAAACGUGAUAAAUAA